CAGCAUGGCUCCUGAUAUUUCCACUCUGGUCUCUGGUCUAGCCAGGACCAGUUUAGCUGUCCUAAGGACACAUGCCUAGAACUGCAGCUCACCCCAGUGUUUCAGUUGGAGCUCUGUCAAGCUGGAAAGAGUUUCAGCAUUCAUUCAGGCUACGCAGAGAAAGGAAACUGAAGACCAGGUGACUGAGAAGAAGAGCAUGCAAGAUGGCGUCGGUCUUCAGGAGCGAAGAGAUGUGCCUGUCGCAGCUUUUUCUACAGGUGGAGUCUGCCUAUUGCUGCGUGGCAGAGCUUGGAGAGCUGGGCCUGGUUCAGUUCAGAGAUUUGAAUGCAAACGUGAACAGCUUCCAGAGAAAAUUUGUGAAUGAAGUCAGAAGAUGCGAAUCCUUGGAAAGGAUCAUUCGCUUUCUGGGGAGUGAGAUGGGGGAUGAUAUAGUGCCUUACAAGCCUGAAAAAUACCCAGAGACACCGCUACCUCGAGAAAUGAUUGACUUAGAGGGAGUUUUGGAAAAACUGGAGGCUGAGCUGGAGGAGGCUAACCAGAAUCUGCAGGCACUGAGGCAGAACUUUCUGGAACUGACUGAACUGAAACAUCUCCUGAAGAAAACUCAGGACUUCUUUGAGACGGAAACUAAUUUGCCUGAUGAUUUCUUCAAUGAAGACACCUCCGGGCUGUUGGAGUUAAGAAGCACACCUGCAGCCGUUGCUGCUAAACUGGGAUUCAUAGCUGGCGUGAUCAAAAGGGAAAGAAUGGUGCCUUUUGAGCGUCUGCUGUGGAGAGCCUGCCGUGGAAACAUCUAUCUGAAGUUCAGCGAAAUGGACACACCCCUGGAGGAUCCUAUCACUAAAGAAGAGAUGAAAAAGAACGUGUUCAUUAUCUUCUAUCAAGGGGAGCAACUCAGACAGAAAAUCAAGAAGAUUUGUGAAGGGUUCCGUGCCACGGUGUACCCUUGCCCCGAGUCGGCUGGAGAACGCCGGGAGAUGGCUGCUGGUGUGAACACAAGGAUUGAGGAUCUAAACACAGUGAUCACCCAAACUGAGUCCCAUCGGCAGGGGUUGCUGACGGAGGCGUCAGUCAACCUGUGGAGCUGGGGGAUCAAGGCGAAGAAAAUGAAGGCCAUCUACCACGUCCUGAAUUUGUGCAACAUCGACGUCACCCAGCAGUGCGUCAUUGCUGAGAUCUGGUUCCCUGUGGUGGACACAGGCGGUGUAAAACGGGCACUGCAUCAGGGAAUGGAACGUAGCGGCUCUUCAAUCAACCCAAUCCUGACUGCGAUACAGACCAAGAUGUCUCCUCCUACCUUUAACAGGGCCAAUAAGUUCACUUUGGGUUUUCAGACUAUUGUAGAUGCCUAUGGUGUGGGUAAUUACAGGGAACUUAAUCCAGCCCCCUACAUUAUAAUCACCUUCCCUUUCCUGUUUGCGGUGAUGUUUGGCGAUUGUGGCCACGGGACUGUCAUGUUGGCCUUUGCUCUCUGGAUGGUCACCAAUGAGAAGGCCCUCCUAGCCCAGAAAAGUGACAAUGAGAUCUGGAACACCUUUUUCAGUGGCCGCUACCUGAUCCUCCUCAUGAGCAUCUUCUCCAUCUACACCGGCUUCAUCUACAACGAUUGCUUCUCCAAGUCAUUGAAUAUAUUUGGGUCUUCCUGGUCUGUCCGCCCCAUGUACAUCGGCGGGAACUGGACGGACGAAAUUGUGCAUAAUUCAGAGACCCUCCAGCUGGAUCCGGCAGUGGCAGGAGUUUUCUCUGGAAACCCCUAUCCUUUUGGAAUUGAUCCGAUCUGGAACAUUGCAAGCAACAAGUUGACCUUUUUAAACUCCUACAAAAUGAAGAUGUCUGUUGUCAUGGGAAUCACACACAUGGUCUUUGGGGUAGUACUCAGUCUCUUCAACUACAUUUACUUCAGGCAAACCCUCAACAUCAUCCUGCAGUUCAUCCCACAGAUGAUUUUCAUCCUCUGCCUGUUUGGUUACCUGGUUUUCAUGGUUAUUUUCAAGUGGUGCCAAUACGGUGUUGCUGACGCGCAAGAUGCCCCUAGCAUCCUCAUCCAUUUUAUCAACAUGUUUCUGUUCAGUUACAAUGAUGAGACAAAUGCUCCACUGUAUGUGCAUCAGCAAGAAGUACAAACCUUCCUGGUAAUUUUUGCCCUGAUUUCUGUUCCUUGGAUGCUUUUGAUUAAGCCUUUCAUCCUUCGAGCCAAUCACCAGAGAGCUCAGCGUAUGCUGGCUUCACCUGAGCUGUCGGAGAGCCCCACUGGGGACAUUGAGGUGGAGAUCAUUAAGUCUGACUAUCCUAAGAAGCCAGUCCAAGACGACCACAAUGAUGGCGGCCACCAUGGCGGGCAUGAAGACCACGAGGAAGAGUUCAACUUCGGAGACAUCUUUGUUCACCAGGCUAUUCACACCAUUGAAUAUUGCCUGGGCUGCAUUUCCAAUACAGCUUCCUACCUCCGGCUCUGGGCGCUGAGCUUGGCUCAUGCACAGCUCUCAGAGGUCCUCUGGGGCCAGGUGCUUAUCAUCUCAUUCCAGUCCAGCGGCAACUGGAUAGGACUCGUCGUAAUCUUCAUCCUCUUUGCUGUCUUUGCUGCUCUGACUGUAGCCAUUUUGCUGAUCAUGGAGGGCCUCUCUGCCUUCCUGCAUGCCCUGAGACUUCACUGGGUGGAGUUCCAGAACAAAUUCUACACUGGGGCAGGAUAUGCCUUCCUACCAUUCUCAUUUAAAGCCAUCAUAGAACGAACAGAAGACUGAAGUCCACUUAGAGCAUGGAGAUCUAAACCUUUCAAGAUUGCUUCUCCUCCUCCUCCUAACUCUCAAGAUUAGCUUCAGGAAUACUUCACAAUAUUUCCCUCUAUAAACCAUUGUUUUUUUUAAAAAAAAAGUGGAAGUGAGUGAUUUAUUUAAAAACAAAGAUGUACCAUCCAAGGUUUCUUUCACCUCUGCACUCAUCUUGUUCAAUCUCACUCUGCUCCAUGCGAAAGGAAUCUGGUUUGGACCUAUUAAAAUCAUAAACAAGAUAUGUUCCAUUUCAGAUUGCAGGUAUGUAGACGCACACAAUUUGAUGCUCCUCCAUAACAAGAUGGGGGGACUGGACCAUCUACAUAAAAGACUAAGGACCAAGGAUAUGUUGCAAUGGAGUUUCAUGUUUGGAGCCCCUGUUUAAAUUUUCUUUUUGUAAAAAGCAGCUGCAGGAUCAGGGCAUAUGGGGGGAUACUGACUGACCCUCCCCAACAAUGAUGCAGAUCCUCCCCCACCCUCAGGGAUCCAUUAGCCACGUGGGGCUUAAAUGUUUCAGCCUGCAAACUUUUCUCUCUAUGACUAAUCACAAUUGGAUGACUGUGCUUCCAUGUAGGGGGUCUGAUCCAAAUUGGGAGCCCCUCCAGUGAGUCCCCAUAGCUGCUUUUACAAAAUAAUAAAAGCAUUGAGGGCUCAAAAGAGGCAGCUCCCAAUGCAAUAUGUAGUUUGGCCCUUAAUAUCAGGGGAAAGCAUUCUAGCCUAGCCUUUGCCCAUCGUCCUGCCAGUUUUCAAGGUGCAGGGCACAUUUGUUGUCUAGAGGAGCAUUUAAGCGUCUGACCUCCCUUCUGUAUUCUGAAGUGGUACAGCCCAGACAUAGAUUUGCCAUCUCAAUGAGAACUAGGACCUUGGGUUCUGCAAAUGCAAUACUUCCCAACUUUGCUGUGCAACAUGCUUUUCUGCUGUGCCACACCCAGCCAGGAGGCAGACUUGUGUUCAACUGCAAGGCCAAAGUAUGAUGCCUCCUAUAGAUUAUGGCUUCCCAAAAUCCACUAACAUGUACUUCUGGUUAGCAAGGGAUGCUAGGGAACUCUGCUACAAAUUGAAAUGGCUGGUGGAUUUGCAUUUCUGCUGGACGAUUUAAUGACAACUGGACAAUUUCAUUGAGAGUUCAGAAUCCUUUCCUUGCAGAACAGGAUUCAGGAGUAAAGUAUAGGCAGGUGAAGCCUUCUGUGUUGCAUUGACAUAAAUGUGUCUUGUCAUGCAAGGACAGAGCAAUCCAGUCCAUGCUUUUCUGGCAUUGUAGGUUGCUGCACAAGGCUUGCUCAGACAGAGAACGCCUGGCUGGUGUCAUAGGUGAUGCUGUUAAAGCAUCUUGCUGGUCCAAGAGGCAUUUGUACAUGCCCAGCAUAGCCUACAAUGCUUGUUAAGCAUCUGGGGAGCUCAGCAAAACCGGCUGUGCCUUGGGGAGUUCUGCAGAAGAAACAGUCAAUCUAGAAUCUCAAGCAGGUUAUGGAGCAGUCGGAAAGUUCAUAAAAGGCUAGGCCUGCAGAAUCUUUUCCAGAGUGAAACCAGGUGGCUCUAUCCAUAUCUAGUGCUUAGCUAUAGAAGUCAAGCAACUAUAACCUAAGUAAUUGCAUAGUCUGGAAACAAGCUCAGAAGUUGCAGCUUUCCCUGCUGUUGGGCUGCAAUGAUGGGAGAAGCAACCUGCCAAUAUUCUUCCUUCACAGAAAAUGUGUAGGAGGGCAAGAACUCUGGCUGCAGAGGUAAAAUAGUGCUGAAUUAAAGGUUCAAAUGAUUCAAUUUUUUCAAAAAGUCUCUUUGGAUAGAUUUAUGUCUUGACGUUUAUACACCUGGUGAAGUUUAUACGCCAGGACAGGGCCCUGUUUUGAAAAUUCUUCAGUGGAUAGUCUUAGAGUCAACUUGAAACUCCCAGUACAUGUUGACUAUAAGACUAUCCGCUGAAGAAUUUUCGAAACAGGGCCCUGUCCUGGCGUAUAAACUUCACCAGGUGUAAAAGCGUAUAAACUUCACCAGGUGUAAACCUCAAGAAAUAAAUCUAUCCAAAGAGACUUUUUGAAAAAUUUGAAUCAUUUGAACCAUUAAUCCAGCACUAUUUACCUCUGCAGCCAGAGUUCUUGCCCUCCUACAAAUACUUUUCCUUCUGCAUAACUCUUAAAGGCACAUCAAACCUUUACUAUAUUUCCAUUAGACAAGGAUGAGGAACUUGUAUCCUAGGCUUGUCAUAGUUUUUUGAGUGGGGGGGACAAAGUUGUUGAGCUUUUUUUUUUGCAAAA